GAUGCGAACAACACCUUAUGACUUUGUUUUGCUCCUUUUCCUGGAUUAUUCGAGCAACCGCGAUUAAGAGGCUCUCUGCAGAUUGAUACACUUAAUGCACAACACCUUUGAUUUAAAGUUCCUGGUACAGCAAACUGAGUUGCCCCCCGAACAAGCCGAGCCCUUCGAUUUAAUGCUUUGCUAUCUGCGGAUUUCCUCGACCGCGGAACCAUUAGUAGAUUCGACCUAGUAUACUCGACCUCCUAGUCUAUGAAACAUAUCGACGCUCAAAUAUGGCAAUGAGGGAUAGCCAUCAAUGUGGUGGUUGCAGGAAAGCCUUCGGGCUAAUUGCUGAGCUGCUUCGUCCCCCGACAAGCACUGCUGUUCAAGAGACCAAUCCGCAACAAUAUGGGCUCUAAGAGAUGUUUUCAUACAUCUCCAGACUACGAACCUCAAGAUAACUUUCUCUGAUACAUUUUCUGGGGGUCUACCACGUCCUAGAUGGCACAUCUUUGAGGUCGUUGUAAAAGGCCAGAGGGCGAGACUCGAGCUCAUCUCAUCCACAAGCAAUCUUGACUACAUACUUUUGAAUCCUAUACCUGGUGUUAUCAAGGAGUAGUUGCUCUAGCUUACGUUGCAUACCAAUGCUACAGCUCGAUAUAGCUAGCUAGGAGCAUGGAGAGUCUACCAUGGAGGGUUUUGGUGAAACUAGGAAUUUUACUAGUUUCUCAAAUUGCCUUCAGAGCUUCAAAUAUACACAUCGGAACGCGAGCUUGAAGAACAUCGAGUAGUUGUUUUGCAUAGCCAACAAAUGUUCGCUCCUCUACAUCCUUAUUUCGCAACAGGCUCCAAAAGAAAAAGGACCAAGCAUCACUGGACAAUAUAUAAAUCAACUACGCCAAUUCCUAUUGCACUCCGUAUUUGCUCCUGUUCACGAAGCCUCGUCUUGAAGAGGCACGAGCUUACUUUUGGCUUGAUCCAUUUGACUAUUGUAAAUAUCACAGCUCGUCCAGUGAUAUUUUUCAAUCAUGAAAAGGACAUUCUGUCUUUUCGCGAAGAUCGCCAUAACUACAAAGUGGACUGGAAGUCAUACUACUUGCCUUUCUGCAGUUUCGUAGACCGAACAGAUCUUGACAGGGUCCAGAAUUCAGGGUUCGGAAGUCACAUACCCAGCAUAAAGCACCAUAAUUUGUAUAGAUUAUACACAAUUCUGUGUGAAUGGAGACCAUUGAAACACGUAUUUUGAGGUAUGAGGUCACUAAAAUUCAACUACGUGAAAAAUCAAUUUUGAAAAAUUGAAUGGAGAUGAGUUGCAUUCUGUGGACUUGUGUAACAAAUAGCCCAAUUACGUGCGAUCUAUACCUUACUAUCCUGGCGAUUCAAAAACUACUCGAGAGAACUUGGAAAACGUUCUGGAUGCCGUCAAACCCUGUUUGGAAUCUGGAAUUUUGCCUUGGACUUUGGAAAGAGAAUCGGGACCCGCCGAAACACGAUGGGGGUCACUUCUAGAUAAUUUCGAAAGAUAUGAGCAUGUUUGCCGUUGUACAUACUUCUUUUCACGAUGAAUUGGCCCGGUAUUUGCAGCGGGAGUCUCGGAGAAAGAGUAAUAUUCCCUGAAUCGAACCCUACAUCUUCAAUUCUGUGCAUACAUAUGCAGUGAAACGGAAGGAAGCUCAUCUUCUAGAAGAUCUCCACCCCCAAAUUGACAUGCAUUAGCUCUCCACAGCGCAUGAAGUCGCUGCAGGAACUCCGGCUUUCUUCUUGGAUAUGGAAGGAGACAAGAAAUAAAAUUCUGAUUUUGGAAAAGUCUCCUAAAAUCCGCUUUACCUGCACAUAUUAACAACCUUUUUGUAGAAUGUAUUCUAUAAAUUCAAAUACCGGUCGCAUGACCCCCACGAACCUAUUUAUCCAGGGACUUGGAGAUUUUCGGUCCUGACACCGUCUUGGCUACAUUAUUUGUACAACAGGAAGAUGCCGACCAAGGCGCUAAGUGUGCAGUCAGCGCGGGGUCAAAAGCCCCCUGAAAUCAUUCAUGUGGAUAUUGAAAAGCUAUAUCUGCACGAUCGGACGCAUUCAACUUUCGUUUAGUUUCUUCCGCGUCUAGUUAUUGAAUACCAUACCACCUUCCUCAAUUCACUUCAACGCCGAACCCAAAGAACGUUCUGGAAUAAAACAUCUUUGGGCGUCAAUAUUCUUCAACAGUUCGAAGAUUUUUAGGGAUCGGGUUUGAAAACAGGGUUGAAAGUGGGUCUAGUCAAUCUGGGUCAUGAAGCAGAUCCCGUUCUCACCAGGAUUGUUGAUGAGGAUAAGGUGGCUUGGUGGAGAAGAAGGAAUUUAAGAAUCUUGUAUCUCUUGCUAUAUCCAACAUGUAUGGGGAUUGAGAUGACGUCGGGGUUCGACUCUCAGAUGAUCAAUGGAUUGCAGUUUAUUCCUUCUUGGAAUAAAUACUUUGGUGAGCCGACUAUUGACGGGGCUGGGAAUUCGACGUAUGCUCUGAAGGCAGAGCUUUUGGACAUUGUGGCUGCGGCAUACAGCUUAGGUGCUAUUUUGUCGGUGCCGUUCGUACCAAUGCUUGCUCAACGUUUUGGGCGUAGGUGGUCCAUAAUGUUUGGGUCUAUUGUGAUAGUCGUUGGGUCAUUUCUUCAGGGCUUCUCCAUCAAUGCUGCGAUGUACAUCGUUGCCAGAAUGUUUCUUGGAUUUGGUAUUGUCUUCGCAAUUGUCUCCGGAUCAGCCAUGCUUGGUGAAUUAGCAUACCCGAAAGAAAGGCCAGUUAUGACUUCUCUCUUCAAUGCAUCUUGGUUUGUAGGAUCUUUAGUUGCCUCCGGUAUUACCGUUCGCACUGCAACCAUCAAUACAGAUUGGGGAUGGAGAAUACCAUCUCUUCUUCAAGCCUGUUCCUCACUUAUUCAGAUCAUCUUCGUCUUCUUCCUGCCGGAAAGUCCUCGGUACCUUAUUAGCAAGGACAGACGAGACGAAGCAUUCGAUAUCUUGGUCAAGUAUCAUGCAGAAGGAAAUCGUGAUUCGGUAUUCGUUCGUGCUGAAAUGACUCAGAUUGAAACAACGAUCAAACUAGAAGUAGAAGCUUCUAAACGAUCUUGGAUGUCCAUGUUGAGUACUCCUGGAAUGAGACGCCGGGUAUUUCUCGCUUCUGCCAUGGGAGUCUUCACACAAUGGUCUGGCAAUACUUUGAUUUCAUUCUACCUUUCCAAGAUCCUUGCCAUGAUAGGUUACAAGGAUAUCAACACUAAAACCAUGAUUAAUCUCGGAUCGACAGCUUGGUCUUUCUUCACAGGAACUUUAACCGCCCUCAUAGUACCAAGGUAUAAACGCCGCACUAUGUUUUUACUCUGUGCUUGUAGUAUGUUCUUUGUGUAUAUAGCAUGGACAAUCAGUAUGCAACGAGCUAUGCUAGCAUAUGAUACCAAUCGGCCCAACAAAGCUGCUGCUAUCACCACACUAUUCUUUAUAUUUCUCUACUCGCCUUGUUAUAAUAUUGGGAACAAUGCACUUGCGUAUACAUACCUAGUAGAACUCUUCCCCUACGCGGACCGUUCUCGUGGCAUCUCCAUCGAACAAUUUUUCGUCCGAGCCGCUAAUUUCUUCACCACCUACGUAAAUCCCAUCGGUAUGACCAAUAUCGGCUGGAAAUAUCUUAUUAUGUAUUGCGUAACCAUUUGUAUUGAGAUAAUCGUGAUAUACUUCUUUUAUCCUGAGACUCAGGGACGCAAGUUGGAAGAACUUGCUUUUCUAUUUGAAGACAAUGCAUUGGCAGAGGAAGCUGCUGUGGCUGUGGAGAAAACUAUACAUUUUGAUCACCGUGAAGAGGCAAGGACUGCGUAAAACUGAGGCUGAUACCCUGCACCCAAUUGCGUGGAAACGGAUCAAGAUCUCAUUCGUACAUACUGCAUGAUUCGGCUGAAAAGAAAUUUCUGAUACUUCAUAUUUCUUUUGUUGUUUGUGCUUCAAUGAACCCCUAUUUUUUAACAUUUGUUACUGGUUCCUUCAGCUGUUUAUCCGAUUGUAUACAUCUUCAGGACAGGUAGAGAUCGAACCACAAGUAACUAUUCUUCAAAAUCAAAAAUUUAAGCU